AUGCGUGACGGACGUGCUGCAAAGUUAAAUUGCCCAUCCAGCGACCAUCAUGAGGCUGCAAGGCGUACGAACGAACUUGUGCGCAAAAUGGAGGUGGCACUGGAGCACAAUGACAGCAAUGUCAUUCCGAAAUUUGUGCUUAAUGACCUGCGGUUGAUUGAGCGGCUGCUGAGCGACGAGCCACAUGCUUCAACUGUACAAUCCAACGUGGCACCAUCGUCAAAAAAGCAGCGCCGAGGCAGACGAGGGUUUAAUCGUGGUAGGUGUUUAACGUGA